AUGAUCGCCUGCAGUCUUGGAUUUCUGCCAAUCGCCGAAGCACUGAUCCAGCACGGCGCUCUGAUUAUGGCUAGAGAUCUCAAGAAACGUACGGCUCUCUCCCAUGCUGUACUGAACGGACAGGAGCAUUGCGCUGCUAUGCUGUUGGCGAAAGGUGCUGAUCUACUGAAGGGUGAUUCGUCCGGAAAUACGCCUGCGCAUUAUGCUGCCGCCUACGGAUGGAUAGAAUGCCUGCGGUUGCUUGCAAGCGUGGAUCCUAGCUGCCUGAAGCAGGAGAACGAUUGGAAGCUCACGCCGCUUUCUAUCGCCUACUUGAAAGGUCAUUACGGUAUCGUCCGGUGGCUACUUGAAGAGAAGGCUUCCUUGGUUGACAUCAACGGAAAGGACAUGGAAGGAGUUACACUGCUCUCUUCGCUGCUUCGCUAUGCUAACGAGGAAACGCACAGUGAAUUGCCUGAACAAAUACAGUACCUGCUGUCACGUGGAGCAGACUGCUCAAUAGCGGACAGUAUGGGGAAUUCAAUAAUGCAUGUGUUUGCCGGCAUUAAAAUUCGUCUUCGUGAUCCCAAAGAUGGCCGGCAGGAUGGCAUGACUGAGCAGGAAUACCGGCAGUGUUUUGAGUCGAUCAUGAAGUACGGCGGAAAUGUGGAAUCGAAGAACGAAACGGAGGGAAACGGCUUGGUGAAACUCCCUUUACACAUCGCUUUGCAUUCGGCAAACCUGUUGCUGUUCCAGUGGAUGCUUGAGUAUGUUGAAGAUAUUAGAGGCGUGCUGGCGGGUACGUGGUCACCCAACUUUACUCUGCUUCAUAUGCUUCUUGAACUACCGAUGAAGGUGUGGUCGAACAACAGUCUAUGGCUUGAGGAAUCUCCACCGUCCGCGCAUCUCUACGAUGUGAUGCCCAUCAUCAACAACAUUCUUAUGGCUCGUAAUAAUCUUUCAGCUCUUCAAUUUCGAUCUUUUGGAAAAUUUAAGCAUUGUAAUGGAGAGCUCACUGUGUGGCUUCGGCAGCCAAACUCCAAUGGCCUUCAGCCAAUUCUUUACGCUGCAGAGGCUUACUCCAAACUUGACAAACCUCUUCAUUGUCAACCUGCUGAAGCUCAGAAUUUCGUCGAUUACGUGAAUCGGCUGUUCAUGUGGGGCUGUGAGCUGUGCCCGGACUGCCUGACAAUGGGGAAUCAAUGCCCAAGAAAUCUGACCAAGAGAUAUGGUUUUUCUAAAGACACUUCUGCAACUAGUUUGCCUUACAUAGCACUCAACAUCAGGCUGGAGAAUGGCAGUUUACAGCUACUGAAGACAAAUUUUGGAGAAAGCAGUUCAGAAGAAUGUCUUGGGAAUGUAUUGGCGUUGGAAGGCAAGGACGGCUUCGGGUUGGUGAUUACGGCGACGAAAAACGACCCAAAUGCUGCACGCCUGAUUCUUCAAACGACAAAGCAACACGGCAUUACGGAUGGAGUUCACAACGCCAUACUUCGCUAUGAAACCAAACCUAAAGAAAACGAAGAAGUAAAACCAGUGAACAAAUCGCUUGCAAUGCUGUUUGUCGAGCAGAAGUUCUUCGAUCUGGUGCAGGAAUUGCAGCUGAGCCCAGCAGAAUGGAAACAUAUUGAUGCCAAUGGCGACAACUUAUGGCAUUACGCUGCGAGAACACAGGAUCUGAGAGCUGUGGAUCUGUUCCGAUUUAUAGAGUCGAAAGGAAUUCCGAUGAAAGGAAAUAGUCAAGGAUUCACUCCAUUACAUGAGGCAGUCCAGUCGUGCGACUGCUCGGCAAACUCAGUCUUGGAGCCAAUUGAAUGGCUUGCUGCCAACACUUCGGACAUUCCUCGGGAUGUGGGCGCGCUGACAAGUGAACUCCGUGAUCCGAUUGCCGUGGUGUCGAUUCUCACUAGGAACAUGAACAAGCAACAACUCGACUGGGGUGACUGUGAAGGGAAUUCGGCACUUCAUUUGGCUGCUUUCAAGAAUGCCAACAUCUGUGCCGUAACGCUGAUUCGCAAAGGAGCCAGUGUAUCUGUCAAGAACAAGGAAGGGAAUAUACCUCUAGCGGUAGCAGUGCUGCAUGGUCGCCAAUCGGUCGCACUCACACUCAUUCAAGCGGACAGCUGUGUCACUGAGCAGGUAUUCCCUCCGAAACCGAUUGAGUACGGUAGAGAAGGCGGCUGUGUCGACGAUACCGGCCCAGGUGGUCGCCACCAAAUGGUGGAGCUGGAAGAAUGGUCUACAAACAUAACGUCAAUGGUGCAGCUGAUCGAUGCUUCGUUGAAAGAACGCCAGUACAAUUUAGCAAAUCAACUCCUAAAAUCUCUGAUAACCAGAGUAAACGGGAAAAAGCUGCCGCGUACGGAAUAUAACCUCUUGUUGACAUUCGCGGAACAUUUCCGAGGUGAUCUGGCCGAAGACGGUGUGGAACAGGCGGUUCUGAAUCGCCUAUACUCAUUGGGCUGUGAGAUCAUGAACGACGGUGUCAGUCUACCGAUUGAAGCGUCUGUUCGCCACGGCUCCUGGCCGCUCUACAGACAUUUCAAGGCACGUGCUGGGAAAGACUUCGCCUCACUUCGACCAGCUCAACCAACUCAAGGGCCCUUGAGGAACGCAGUUCUUCGGCUUUCGGAACGAUGUGAUGCUGAAUCCGAUGUUGUGCUGCGUGAACUCGCGUCAUUACCCCAUUUC